ACACGCCCAGUCUGCUGUUCUUGUUUGCUAUUGGUGGUGGAUAUCUCCAUUCAAAGCGGCAAAACAUUUAAAAUUUGAAAUCAAACGGCUGUGUUUCGUUAUUGGAGGAGGUCGCACCGUUGUAGGUGGCAGGGAAAAUGAGCAAAAUUAACAAGGAGAAUACAAUGUCGCGUCUACCUGUGACUACCAAGAGAGCGCAUCCAGACAGCGCUGGGCAAGACCCGCAGCCUGCACAGAAGAAAAUGCGGAGAGUAGACCAGGAUACUCUGAGGGCCAAACAGGCGGCCUCAGUAGUUGGGAUCAAGAGACCCGUGGCGGUACCAGUUCCUCGACCUGCUGCAAGACGUCCCACUGCUGCAGCCACCAUAGCUGGUGUCGGCCCUACAGCAAGACGUCCCACUGCUGCAGCCACCGUAGCUGGUGUCGGCCCUACAGGUGUAAACAAACGGCCAGUGGCCUCUACAGCCAAAGGUGUAACCAAGAGACCACCUUGGGAUUUGAAGGGGAAAGUUUGUGACAUGGAAGUCAAAGUUAACACCUACCAGAGCCGCCUGAAGGGGGCCAGUCAAGAAAAUGAUGGCCUGAAGGAAGCUGUGACACAGGCCCUGGAGCAAGCAGCCAAGCUCGAGAGGGAGAACGACAAUCUGAAACGCAAGCUCAAUAUGUGUGAGGAGAAACUUGACACCCUGUCUGGGGUGAAGGAACAGCUGGAGGAGGUUUCCCAACAGAGGGACACACUGGAGAAAGACCUGAGGUCCCUGACCGACAAGCUUAGGGCUGUGGAGACCCUCAACGACGGCCUCAACUCUGAGCUUCAUACAGUUCAGAGCCGUCUCUCCAUGCAGACAUCAACCCUGACGCACACCCAGGACACCCUACACGAGACCCAAGAAAAGGUUCGGGGGCUGGAGGAAAAUUUGGCUCUGCAGAGGGAGAAUCUACACAAUGGGGAAAUGGAACGGCGAAGACUCCACAACACCAUACAGGAACUCAAAGGGAACAUCAGGGUUUUCUGCAGAGUGAGGCCCAUGCUCUCCAAUGUCCAAGCAGAUGUCCCUCACAUCCAGCUGCCUACCCACGACAACAAGGCUGUUGUCCUUGCUAAAUCAGAAGAGUCUCACACAGGCCGCUCUGGGGACACGCAGAAGAACUACAGCUUUAGCUUUGACCACGUCUUCGGGCCUCAGGCCUCCCAGCAGGAGGUGUUUGAGGAGAUAUCGCUGCUGGUGCAGUCAGCCCUGGAUGGCUACAACGUCUGCUGCUUCGCCUAUGGGCAGACGGGGAGCGGCAAGACGUACACCAUGGAGGGCGGCAAGUUGGACCAGGAGUGCGGCGUCAUCCCUCGGGCAGUGCAGCAGAUAUUCAAGGCGGCCAAAGCACUGGAGCAGCACGGCUGGGAGUAUUCCUUCACCGCCAGCUUUGUGGAGAUUUAUAAUGAGACCUUAAGGGACCUGCUUUACACGGGCAAGCCCAACAAAAGGCCUGAGCAUGACAUCAAGAAAAACCCCAACAACGGAAUCACGGUCACCAACCUGACCUAUCAGAGUGUCACUAACGAGGACCAGGUCCACAACCUGAUCGAGUUGGCUAACCAGCACAGGUCCACUGCCAGGACCUGUGCCAAUGACCAUUCAUCCAGAUCCCACUCUGUCUUCCAGCUGGAUAUAGAGGGUAUCAACCCCAACAGAGGCACCAAGUGCAAAUCUUCCCUGUGUCUAGUGGACCUUGCUGGCAGUGAACGCGUACAGAAGAGUCAGUCCCAGGGUGAGCGGUUCAAAGAGAUGACUGCCAUCAACUCGUCCCUCACUAACCUGGGUAUUGUCAUCUCCGCCCUGGCCAGCAAGGAGAAUCACAUCCCAUAUCGCAACUGCAAGCUGACAUACCUGCUUCAGAACUGCUUGGGGGGCAACAGCAAAACUUUGAUGUUUGUGAACAUUGCUCCUGAACUGGACAGUUUUAACGAGUCCCUCAAUUCACUUCGGUUUGCCAGCAAGGUCAAUGACUGCGUCAUUGGAACAGCCGCGGUGAAUCGGAAGUGAAUCCGAUAUUUAUAUACAGAUAUGUUUUUAAUGCUUUUAAAGUUUUUGAGUCAUGUGAUGUAAUUCUUUUUUUCCCAUAUGCUUCAUGUAUGACCUGACAUGCAUCAGAUCGUAACAAAUUACACAAUAUGUGAAAUCAUACCCUUUUGGAAAAAAUGUAAAAAUAAAACGUAUUUGCAAAA